CUUUCAAUCAAAAAUACAGCAAGUACCCACCAAGUACCUAUCUUCCUCAAUUCCCGGUCCCGUCCAAGUAUUACUCCAUAUUUAAUAAUAGUACAAUCUUUGUGCAAAUUAAAUAAUGUCGGUGCAAACGUUAUUAAUGGACUUUUCGAUUGACCCCGCCCGUUUAGGCGACGCAAGCGGUCAAAAGGCGGUUUUUAGUCAGCUGGAAAACGUUUUAAAAGAUUAUGUGCCGAAUCUUAUUUUGGCUGCUGAAGUAGCCGUGGACGGUGGGUCCUUGAAACUAUUAACGGGUAAGAAGGGCACGACGGUAUCAGUAAGACUGUUUGACCGUGGGCUGGUAACUGUAAACAUUGAAUAUUACAAAGAAGACUCUGAAGAACCCUUAAUAAGUUUCAAGUCGGCGAGAGUAUUGGAGAGUCAGCUGAGAAAGUACAUCAGUGUGAUAAAAUCCCAGGCUUACGCGCCAAUAAAACGUUGCCUGUUCGGCAGGUAUUAUCCGACCUCAGAUGAAAGACUUCUAGAGUACGAUAUCGACAAUGUUGUGUUCGACGAACAGUCCCCCUUCCAGAGGGUGCAGAUAGUGCACUCAAAGUCCCUUGGGAACAUGUUGGUGCUAGACGACUUGCAAAAUAUUUCAGAAGCUGAUCUCGUAUACACAGAAACUUUGAUGCAGCGAGGCAAGGAAGACUACGAAGGAAAAGAAAUUGUAAUAUUAGGUGGUGGCGACGGUGCACUCCUAUACGAAUUGUUGAAGGAAAAGCCUAAAUUCGUAUGGAUGCUCGAAAUCGACGAGGUGGUGAUGAGCGCGUGCAAUAAGCAUCUGCGAUCCAUUUGCGGCGACGUAUUGGAGCGACGAAAGGGGCCUAACUAUGAAAUAAUCGUAGAAGACUGCAUGUUGACCAUAAACAAAUUCAUCAAGGAGGGCAAAAAAGUGGACUACAUAUUCGGAGAUCUCACCGACAUCCCCAUCUCGGAGUCCGCCUGCGGAGAGCUCUGGGAGUUCAUGAUCACCAUCCUGAACUCCUCCUUCAAGAUACUCAAGCCUGAUGGGAAGUUUAUGACGCAUGGCAACGGCGCCACAAGCUCAGAGUCCCUCGAGCUAUAUGAGCAAGAGCUCGCCAAGCUGAAGCCAGCCGUCAAGUUCUCCAAGAGCCGGGCCUUCGUGCCCUCCUUCCUAGAGGACUGGAUCUUCUACCAGAUAUCCUUCUCCGCCAACAACGGCGCCUAACAACCGACCAAAGACAGUUCCUUGCACCAGAAACAUGUUGACACGUGACGCGACGCCACCCGACGCGAUGCGAAUCGACGACGUAUAGCCGGUUAAAUGACACUAGAUAAAGGCGCGAAAUUCAAAUUGUCUACGGGACGAUAAACUUUUUUUAGUGACGGAAAUGGUUUGUCAGACUAUUACUGCAAUGUUCUGCCGCUAAAGUGCAGCACUAUUAUAAACCGUAGAGCAGGGAAUCAACUUUUUGCAGUCAUGGAUCGCUUUUAAAAUUUAACCUUUAAAAUGUAUAUCAAAGUUAAUUUUUUUAUGUCAAUUUUUUGACACAAACAGACGAAGGGUAAAUACAUAGUUCCGUGGACCCCUAUCAAAAGUAUUUUAAGAAAAUGAUUAUACUUGGAUUAGAUUUCCUAAUGAGUAUGUUUACAAUAAAUACAGUAAUUACCCUCUGCGGACCCCUUUAAGAAACCGGGGCGUAAAACUUUAUAUUAUACAUACAUACGUAUUUUACCUACCUUUGAGUUUUUAAUAUGACGUUGAUGACAAAACUGUAUGAUUUAAAAGGCGCCUAGCCUUCAGAUAUAACAUAUACUAGAAAAAAUUCGACGGGUACCUUGGCGGUCGAGGUGGUGUAACGGUUUAGGACGUCAGCCGCGAUAGCUGGAGACCUGGGUUCUAUUCCCGUCUCCGCCACCAGUGGGCUUUAUCGCUUUUUUUUUUAGUGUAUGGUAUCUAUUUCAGUUUAUAAUACAAUUUAAUUCGACUUGCGUCGCGUCGGGUGGCUAGUAUCACGAUGUGUUUCUACCAUUAUUCCUCACCCUAAGUCAUAUUGCCAUAUAUGUAGUUAGUAUUAUUGUUAAGCAUACACGAGUAUUCGAAACAGUAUUUGACGAUUUUGCAUUUGCAGAGUUUAGUUUUUAAGCGUAAAAUACACCAUUUGAAGCUAUAUUGUUGGUAUUGAUUUAGUGCUUGUUUUGAUUGUUUUAUGAUAAAUAAAAGUAUUUUAUCACGAA